AGGGGUGAUGUGUAAACGUAGUCAGUGACACUCAGUGAUUUUGCAAUUCUUAUCUGUUGAAUUUGCUACAUAUGUUUUAAUGACGGCUAUUAAUAAAAUAAUUCCAUUAAUUUGAUAAUGUGUCAGAAAUUGAUUAAAGUGUGGAUUCCCCACAAUGCGAAGAUAUAUUACAAUGUCUCAAAAUGUUGUGCUGUGAUAUCUUGCAAUAUAUAAUCAUACAGCUACAUUUUUUUUUUGAUUAUAUUGUGGACUUUGUUUUCGGCAUUUAUUACAAUCGGAAAGUAAAGAAGGUGCCAGCAAUAAAGAACAGUCUGUUGUUAGAAAGUGCUAUCUCUUUAGCAGAGAAAAUCAGGACAAAAAAAGUUACAUCAGAGGAAAUUGUAAGGGCUUAUAUUGAAAGAUGCAAAGAAGUGAAUAGCUUGAUAAACGCAGUUGUAGAGGAUAGAUACUCAGAUGCAAUUAAAGAGGCCAAAGGAGUGGAUGCCAUGAUAGAAAAAUGUACAGAUUUUGAAAAAAUAAAGAUAACAUUGCCAUUUUUUGGAGUUCCUUUUACUACAAAAGAAAGCAAUCGUGCUAAAGGAUUAAUCCAUUCCAUGGGCUUGCUCUGCCGCCGUAAUUGUCGUUCUGAGGAUGAUGCCACGACAGUUCGUUUCCUCAAAGAGGCUGGUGGAAUUUUGAUUGCAAAGACCAAUGUUCCUGAGCUCAAUUUAUGGAUAGAAACGAGGAAUAAUCUAUAUGGACAGACAAAUAAUCCUUACGAUAUUACUAGAACAGUAGGAGGCAGCAGUGGUGGGGAGGGAGCUAUAGUAGCAGCAUGCGGUGCUCCAUUUUCCAUCUGUAGUGAUAUAGGAGGUUCUACAAGGAUGCCUGCGUUCUUUAACGGAUUAUUCGGCCACAAGCCUAGUGAAGGAUUGACGCCAGUAGCAGGAAUUGGAUUGCGUGAGAAUGAUUAUCCAGACACUAUGGUAGCAGCCGGGCCACUCUGUAAGAAGGCUGAAGAUCUAGCACCCUUAUUAAAGGUAUUAAUCAGUCCUAAUGUACAUAGAUUAAAACUGGAUGAGCCAGUGAAUGUGCAGAAUCUAAAAGUAUUCUACCAAGAGAGUUCCGGCGAUUUAAGAGCAAGCAAAAUCAACAGGACUAUGCAAGCAACAUUAAUUAAAGUGGUACAACAUUUCAGAGAACUCACAGGUUCUGCUACAAAGAUUAAAAUACCAGGCUCUGAGUAUAGCUACAAACUGUGGAGAUAUUGGAUGACUCGCGAAAAUGUUAAUUUUAAAUUGAAUAUAACAGAUCAAAAGUAUGUCACUAGUGCAAAAAAAGAAAUUUUUAACCUACUUACUGGAAACUCACAAUUGACAUUGGCCGCUAUCAUUAAAUUGAUAGAUGAGGAUUUUUUACCUCAGGAGAAUAGUGAAUGGGCAAAACGCGUCACUGCAAAAAUGAAACAGUUCUUGAUGGAGAAAUUGGAUGAUAAUGGAGUACUAUUUUAUCCUUCGGCUCCAUUUCCUGCCAGUUAUCAUUAUUCCACAUACUUAAGACCCUUCAAUUUUGGCUAUUGGUGUCUAUUUAAUGUUUUGCGAUUCCCAGCUUGUCAAGUGCCUCUGGGCCUGGACGAACAAGGUUUGCCAAUCGGUAUUCAGGUAAUAGCAGCUCCUUAUAAUGAUCAUCUAUGCUUCGCAGUGGCCAAAGAACUUGAAGCAACGUUUGGUGGAUGGGUUCCACCAUCAUGAAUUGUAUAAAAAAUACCAUCUUUUUAUUAAGGCUCCUGUUUCUUUAUUGCAAUCAUAUUAUGUUAUUAGAAGCGAAAAAUCAUUAAAAUUUUUUCUUUUGGAAUACAAUAGAAGCCAUUUUAAAGCGUUAGAGAGGCAAAAAAUUCGAUAAUUAUUUACAAAAGAAAAUAUUUUAUUGACAACCUUGAUCUUUAUAUAUAUUGUAAAGGUGAGGAUAUUGAUUCACAUUAGUUGUAAUUUGCGCUCGUACAUAGUUUUUAUUAAAUAUAAUUAAAUAAAUGUUAUCUAAAUAUGUCAACGAUUUCACGCAAAAUGAGAUUUUUCUCACAAAAAUUAAUGCAUGGACAACGAACAAGUUAUGCCUCUCUCUUUGCAUCCAUAAUGCAAUACAUAUAUGUACACUAGACAGGAUGUUUCACAUAAAGUGUUACAAGGUUAUAUUUUAUAGUUUAAUUCGAUAUAAUUUUUUUUACAUAAGCUGUGAAAUAUGUCAUAAAUUAUUCAAUUUUUAGCCAUUCUACUCUGAUAAGUUUUUACGCCGAUUAUUGUGAGGAAUUGAUUUAUAUAAAAAAA